AUGGCAGCGAGAAUCCAUGGAGGAGCUGGAGCUGGAGCUGCUACGGCCUUGUCGACGUUUAAUCCCAAGAAACUCGUCGCUCCCUCUCGCACCAAUCUCCCAGCGAUUACGAGGAGCAAGAGAUACAUUGUGGCUUCUGGAUCUGAUGCGAGUAAUAAGAGUCUAAGAGUUCGUCACUCUCAGAAAUUGAUUGCAAAUGCUGCUGUUGCGGUAUGCCUUUUGUCUCUGAUUUUACAUGAGCUGCUGCUUUUCGAGGCUCUUCAGGAAGGUCUUGAAGAAGAGAUGGACAGAGAUCCACAUGUAUGUGUCAUGGGUGAAGACGUUGGCCAUUACGGAGGCUCCUACAAAGUUACCAAAGGCCUUGCUGAUAAAUUCGGCGACCUCAGGGUUCUCGACACUCCUAUUUGUGAAAACGCAUUCACAGGUAUGGGCAUUGGAGCCGCCAUGACUGGUCUAAGGCCCGUCAUUGAAGGUAUGAACAUGGGUUUCCUCCUCCUAGCCUUCAACCAAAUCUCCAACAACUGUGGAAUGCUUCACUACACAUCUGGUGGUCAGUUCACAAUCCCGGUCGUCAUCCGUGGUCCCGGUGGAGUAGGACGCCAACUCGGCGCUGAGCAUUCACAGCGGCUAGAGUCUUACUUCCAGUCCAUUCCUGGGAUCCAGAUGGUUGCUUGCUCGACUCCUUACAACGCCAAAGGCUUGAUGAAAGCUGCGAUAAGGAGCGAGAACCCUGUGAUUCUGUUUGAGCACGUUCUGCUUUACAAUCUCAAGGAGAAGAUCCCGGACGAAGAAUACAUUUGUAACCUUGAAGAAGCUGAGAUGGUUAGACCUGGAGAGCACAUUACCAUCCUCACUUACUCGCGUAUGAGGUACCAUGUGAUGCAGGCAGCUAAAACUCUGGUGAACAAAGGGUAUGACCCUGAGGUUAUCGACAUUAGGUCGCUGAAACCGUUUGAUCUUUACACGAUUGGGAACUCGGUUAAGAAAACGCACAGGGUUUUGAUCGUGGAGGAGUGUAUGAGAACUGGUGGGAUUGGAGCUAGUCUUACGGCUGCAAUUAAUGAGAACUUUCAUGACUAUUUAGAUGCUCCGGUGAUGUGUUUGUCUUCUCAGGACGUUCCUACACCAUACGCUGGUACACUGGAGGAGUGGACCGUUGUUCAACCGGCUCAGAUCGUGACCGCCGUUGAGCAGCUUUGCCAGUGA